GUUGUGUUGGUUCUGCUGUGGAGAAGAAGUGAGGCUGUGGUGCUGCUGGAACACCAAAGAUGGCUGAACCAAAUGCUCUCGCUGCUGCUUUCGAGAAGCUCAUGGAGUGGGGAGAUCCCAACACAUGUCAUAUUUGUGGGGAGGUAGGUCAUUGGAAGAGGGAAUGUCCAACUCGUGGUAGAGGCAGGGGAUACAACAGAGGGGGCACUGGCAGAGGCAGGUAUGCUCGAGGCAGAGGUGGAUACCCAUGGAACUCAGGGGGUCAACUUUCUAGGGGCAGAGGUGGCUACUCAGGGGGCAGGGCGCAUAUGGUAGUUGAAGAGGACACUGGGACGUCACAGGGCAAGGGAGUUGAUGAGGCUGCCUAUGGAGACUUUGCUCACUUGGCCUCCACUGAUGAAGGAGCGACAGACGAGCCAGACGGUUGGGACUGGCACCAGGCGUAGGGGGCUCUGGUACAUGGACCAGGAGGUGCAACCGGACUUGGUGUGUGCUGCGACCAUGGAGGACAAGGAGAAGCAGGCGAUGAUCCAUCAUUGUAGAAUGGGUCAUGUAUCUUUUGAUAAGAUGAGUAGAAUCUUUCCGGAUGUUAUGUGUGGAAUAGGCAAGGGCAAGUUGACAUGUGAUGCUUGCGAAUAUGCAAAACACACACGAGCCUCAUAUGUGAGUAAGGGGCUUAGGAGCAUAUCUCCUUUUAUGCUCAUUCAUUCAGAUGUAUGGACUAGCCCAGUAGUGUCAAUGAAUGGAAAGAAGUAUUUUGUUACCUUCAUUGACUGCUAUUCUCGUA